GUUUUGAAAAAAAACAUAAAAAGCCUUUUUUUUUUUUUUUUAUUGGAGUGGAAGAGGAUCAGAUUGGGGGUUCCACCAAUGAAUGUUAUCUCUGUAUCUCCCCUUUGAAGUUGCUUCCUUUUUCAUGUCUUCUUCAAUCGCACCCUCUUUAUUCUUUGCUCAUUCAGGGUCUAAUCAAGCACUAGGCUUUCAUCUUUGCUCUAUACCUUUCCUGUACUCUCAAUCUUCUCCAUGUCUUAAGUCUUAACCAAAACAUGUUUAGUUUCCGAGUUGUGGUGCUUAUCUUGGGAUGCCUUUGGUUAACUGAAGCUGAGAGAGGUACCCUAAACCCAGGUGAUAAGCUCAGUUCCAAUUCAUCUGAUAAUCUUGUAUGGCUUCUUCAGACAAGAGUACCAUCAGACUUGGGAUGACAAAAGCUAUGGAUAUUAUUUGGCUAUGUGGUACGCCCAAGGCACGUUGACGUCAAACAACCAUUCCAUUUGGUUGGCUAAUCGAGACAAUCUCAUCGCAGACGACUCGGGAGUUCUUGUCCUAGAUGAUACUGGACUGAAAAUUACACGCACCGGUGGGAAUCCUAUCCAAGUUUUCUCACUUCAAUCUACCUCUAUCACCAUCAACACUUCCGAUAUGAAGGUGGUCUUACAAGAUUCGGGAAAUCUUGUUUUGCAAGGUACAAAUGAGGAAAAUAGGGAAAACGUAGUAUUGUGGCAAAGCUUUGACCAUCCAACUGAUAGUUUUCUACCUGUGAUGAAAUUGGGGGUUAGCCAUGGGAGAAACUUCUCACUUACUUCUUGGUUCAGUGAUUCAAUCCCUGCGUCUAGGUCGUUUACAAUGGAAUGGGAUCCUGCACGAAAUCGAUUAGUAGUUCGGCUUAGAGAGAGGAUUUUGUGGACAAAUGGUGAAGAUUUUGAAAAUAUUGGCCCUUCGGAUCCAUUUAAUAUGAAUUAUGAUUUCACUAAUGUUUCUAAUCCAAAUUGGAAGUACGUUUAUUAUACUCUUGUAAUUUAGUCAAUACACUCUUGAAGAGCGAAGGAAAAA